GAGUGAGGAGAGGAACAAUCACUUUUCCUCCCAACAGAAAACGGUUUUGUGCAUGUGCGCCAAUCUUUCUGUAGUUAUGAGGACACUAAGAUAGAAACAUCAUUCAAACUUUAAAACUUUCAGCUCUAUGAGGACACUAUUGCUUGUUUUUGUUUUAUUUGAAUAUUUAAAAAACAUUCACCUCUUUCACAGAUGAAUUCACAUGAAUUCUCAUUCAUGGAAUUUUCAGCCUUUUCCAGAAUUUUACAUUUGUGUGUCCCUUGAACUUGGUCUCUAGUUCACAAAUUCCACUCUUCACACUAUUUUCUACCACAAUGCAGACAUAUGUGUACAAGACUUCAUACAAUGUGACGACCAAAGCGCAGUGAUUCUCUAAAUGAGAGGGGACCCGUUCAGCUUUUCUAUAGAGCACAAUAUAAACUGACAUCGCCCAGUCAACACAAAUGUCCCUAAUUUUAAAACUUUUGGUCUUUUUCUCAGCCAUUUUUACACUCUCUGCCUUUACAAAGCCACCCUUCAGCCAGGACUUGUAACACUCACAGUGAAGAGUUUCAGCAAUAUAAACUACUGCCUUUGCCUUUUAAUGAGUAGCUCGGAGCUUAAAUCAUUAAAUAUGUCUCUUGUACGGUUACAUAUGAAGUUAUAUAAUGUAAUGCGUAAUUGUGUACAGAAAGAAAGGACAUGGAAUCUUAUCAGGGUAGCAUAGAGGCCGCACUGCAAAAGUGUUGAGGCACAACCAGCUUUGUUGUUUUUUUAUGUCCGUCAGGUUCUGUGAUCACUGGCAUUUGGAAUGAUGUAACAAGUGAAAUGUUGGUCUUAUACUGUAUUAUCAGCAAACUGUCUUGUAUAUUAGCAAACUGUAUGUAAUGCUCAAGCAUGUCUCAUAAACCUGGAGUAAUUCACAUUUUUUCACAGCAGGUAUUUUUUUCUAAAUGAAAUAGUGCGAGGACAAAGGUUUUACCAGUUUUAGACCAAAACAUCAUCAGCACCAUGGACAGAGACAGACACAAGCUACCAUAGGGAUAAACACCAUAUAAAAUUACAUUUAUAAUGAUGCUUUAACCACCUGACCAUAACCAGAUGUUUCAAAGACACAAUAUUCCAUUUGAAUAACACAGAUUCUGCUCCUGUAAAGAACAAAUGGACAUUUUCCGGGUCUGUGUGGAGUGAAGGAGCAGAUCAUGUCUAAUAUCAGCACCACGGACAGAGACACUAAAAAGAAAGGCAGACAUUUUUCCUUUAAGUGAAUAAAAUAUGUCAAAAUGAAGCCUCACUCUUUAUAUGACCUUCAUAUCAUGACAGCAGCAGCAGUGUGACACGCGUGGCUGCUGCGUUAACCCUUCACAACGUCCUCGCGCGUUCUCUCGUCUCCUCGUCAGCUCUCGCGAUGAUAGAGGGCCGCAGCGCGGUUGGCUGGGACUGCGUCAUCUGACUCAGGACGAGAGGGGAGGAGGGGGCGGGGCGCUGUCAGCGACAACGCGAAUACAUUAAUAAUUCAAUCAAGACGAGGACGCGAAAAAAAUCCCCUGAAAGUACCAUCAUACACGCGCUGACAGUGAAGGGAAGGAGGAGGAGGAAGAGGAGGAGGAAACACCGCUGCACUGGACCGUCGAGUGAUGAUGAUGAUGAUGGUGAUGAUGAUGCUAGCCACGGCCUGAUGUUCUCCCCCGCUGAUUCACAAGAAGUGGAGGACCGCUGCUAGUGAGGAUUAUCCCGGAGACUGGAGGCAGGAAGAUAGGGAGGAGAGGAGGAGGAGGAGCAGCAGGGGCAGGGGAGGAAGCAGCGAGCAUCAUCCGGAGAGAGGAGCGUUUUCUGAGCGUCGUGGAGUCUGGUUGAAAAGGAAAAUAGGGAAUCUGGGAUAGGAUUUUUCAGGAUAUUGGAUAUUGUACACAUUUAGAGUGCGAUUUUCUUGUACAACAUAUUUAUUUUCAGUGGAUAUUGGCCUUCAGGAAGCAAGCCAGUUGAUGAUUGUUCCAGAAACGAAGGCAGAUGAGAUCCACCACUACAACUGAGGGUAGGACCAUAUUGGACGCGUGAUAGUCGAGGGUUGGACGGAAAGAGAAGAAGAUGUCGGGUCAGACACUAACGGACCGCAUCGCCGCGGCACAGUACAGCCUGACGGGAUCCGAGGUGUCCCGAGCUGUGUGCAAGGCCACCACACAUGAACAGACUGCUCCGAAGAAGAAGCACCUGGAGUACCUGAUCCAGGCAACCCAGGAGACCACUGUGAAUGUGCCGCAGAUGGCCGACACGCUGCUGGAGAGGGUCGGCAAUGCCAGCUGGGUGGUGGUUUUCAAAGCCCUGAUCACUACACACCACCUCAUGGUGCAUGGAAAUGAGAGAUUUGUGCAGUUCCUGGCAUCUCGAAACACCUUGUUCAAUCUCAGCAACUUCCUGGACAAAACAGGCUCCCAUGGCUACGACAUGUCCACAUUUAUCAGACGCUACGGCCGCUAUCUCAAUGAGAAGGCCUUCGCCUACAGACAGAUGUCUUUUGACUUUGGACGAGUCAAGAAAGGAGCUGAGGGAGUAAUGAGGACCAUGUCAGUAGAGAAGCUGCUGAAAGGAAUGCCAACCCUGCAGAGCCAGAUUGACGCACUGCUGGAUUUCGAUGUUCAUCAAAAGGACCUGAACAAUGGAGUGAUAAACGCCUGCUUUCUUCUACUCUUCAAAGAUCUAAUCAAGUUGUAUGCCUGCUACAAUGACGGCAUCAUUAACCUGCUAGAAAAAUUUUUCCAGAUGAAGAGAAGCCAGUGUAAAGACGGGCUGGAGAUCUACAAGAGAUUCCUGACACGAAUGACUCGGGUUUCUGAGUUCUUCAAGCUUGCUGAGCAAGUGGGAAUAGACAAAAAUGACAUACCCGAACUCACUCAGGCCCCAGAAAGUCUUCUGGAGUCCCUGGAGACCCACCUCAACACUCUGGAGGGGAAGAAACCAGAGGACAAGUCGCCCACUAAGCAGGAAGAAACGGCCAACAACAGCACACCAGCUGCUGCUGCCACUGCUGCUGCUGCCACUGCUGCUGCACCACCGUCCAAGCCUGCUCCUCCUGCUGUGCCCGGCGGGCCCCCUGCUCGCCCCGGGCCACCCGCCAAACCUCCUCCACCCGUCAUUACUUCCAGUGCACCAACCCCUGCUGCUGCUGCCACCACCACCAGCAGCAGCAAUGCCCUGGAUGAUGGGUUCCUGUUGGAUCUCGACCCAAUUUCCUCCUCAACAACAGGGGGCACUGCAGCCGCUUCCUCCACGACUGGAUGGGGAGAUCUCUUGGCUGAGGCCCCAGUUGCCUCUGAUGGAGCUUCUGCAGCUCUCCUGGCGAAGGGAGACUCUACUGAUGCUGAUUCUGAUGCUGAUGUUGCUGCCGCUGCACCCGUAGCUGCCGCUGCUACUGCCGCUCAGGCUGCACCAGUGCCCACCUCUCUGCCCAUCACCACCCCUGCCACAACCUCCGCCGCUGAAAUCGACCUUUUCGGAGAUGCGUUUGCACCCUCCCCAGGAGACGGUCCUGCCGUUGUGGCUGCGGGCCCCGCUGCUGAUGCAUUUGGUGGAUCUGACCCCUUUGCUGCGACGGAGGGGAGUGCAGACUUUGCUCCAGGGCUGGACCUGUUCGCUAUGAGACCCACUGACACGGGUGCCCCCGCCACUGCUGCCGCCAUCACCCCUCCCACCUCCUCUAGUGAGGCGCCGACCAUCGUCGCUCCCAUCGUUGCCCCCACCCCUUCUUCCACCACCACCACUGACACCACAACCACCACCACAGAGUCUGCAGCCGCCCCGACUCUAGAUAUCUUUGGUGGUAAAGUCCUCUCGCUCUCAUUAUGCCUCUCACUGCAUUGUCCUGCAUUAUGAAAGUGAUGAUG